AGUUAAAAUAAAUUUUAUAGAAGGUAAAAACAAUAAUUACAAUUUGGGUAAUUUGUCACCAAAAAUGGCUAAGAUGGGUAUUGACAAAAAUAAAAUUCGGUGGAUUUAUCAAGAUAGCUUUUCUGAUACUGAAAAUUUGUGUGUUAUUUUAUUCGAUAUCAUGCCUCUUCAAAUUAUACACGAGAUAGUAAGUGCUGGAACUUCUGCUCAACACUCAGAAAAUGCUCCAGGUCAUGUUCUCGUCUUUAUGUUUCAAGGCGUUUCAAAACGGAGGAGUCAUAUUGUAGCAUACUACUUUAUUGAAGGAUCCAUUGAGCCUAUGUUUUUAGCAGAAACUAUUAAAGAAGUGGUACAUGCUGUACUGAAAACGACAUACACGGUUCUGGCUCUAGUCUGCAAUCACUCCUCCUUAAAUGUUACUACUAUGGAUUUACUUUCACAAACAAAUAAUCAUACCUUAGCCUGUCACAGUUUCAAGUUACGGGGCAGAACCAUAUUUAUUGUCUAUGAUGUGCCCCAACUUUAUCUAUCCAUUAGGAAUCACUUUCAUGAAUCUGGUGAAAUUGUCUUGGAUGAAAAAACAGCUAGGUGGUCGCAUCUAAUAGAAGUAAUAAAUUUCUUUAAGGGAGAACCAUAUUGUCUUCUUUCAAUUAUGGAAGAUGACAUUAACCUUACAGAAGAGUCCAAAAAAGAUGUUCAACUGGCUAUAGCAACUCUGUCCCAUAAAACAGCAGUAAGUUUAAGACUACUUUCUGAACAUGGUCAUCGUAAAAUGAACAAAGAUAUUAAUGAUAUGAAUGUGUAUAUGGAUUCGGCUGCGGUAAUUGCCCAACUCGAUAGCCUUUUGAGUUGCACAAGUGGCCCACAGAGUAAGUAUGAGUAUCAAAGCGGAUAUAAAGAAUGGGUUCAUAAGCACAGUUUCCAUCAUAAAAAAUGGGCAGAGUAUAUACUAAAAUUAAAAACUGUAAGAUUUCCAACAGCUGACGAUGAAUUGAAGUUGAGAAGUGAGAGAUGUAUUGAUUGCUACAUUAAAACUUUAUUAUCCUUUCAAGGUAUUUGGAAAUAUUUGAGUGGCAAAUCUGUUAAGUCACUAAGCUUAGAACGUCUCAACCAAAAUAAGUUGCAAAGAAUGUUUAAGCUAAUUAAAAAAAAAAUAGGUACCAGGCAACUGACCUCUAAAGACUUUACUACUACAUUGCAAGCAGUAGAAAAGCAAGUUGAAAAGAACAAAAGACAGAAUUCUUGUUUACUUGCAUGAAUAAAUAUUUAUAUUAUUGACAUUGUUAGUUAAAAUCUUUAGCUUUUUGUGCAUAACAAAAAAAAUGAUUAUACUAUGAUGUGUGAU